CACAAAUUCAACAUCAUAACUUCAGUGUGGUGUUCAGUAGGAGGGAGAGAGAGCUGAGGAGAACCAAGCUUUUGUUUUAAAACACACAUACUUCCACUAUGAGCAAGUGUGUCAAGAAAUACCAUGGAAAAAUAACUGUAAGACAAAUGACCAUGGAAAUGGUUGAAUCACAACAAGAUGGAAGUGCUGCAGAGUCUGCAGCAGAGAGUGAUGCUGUUCGCAUGCAAAACCUGCCAGGCCAAAGUCAGAUUCCUCCCAUAGCUCAGGUUUCUGUAGCUGGAUCAAGUGCUGGAAGAGGCUCUCCAGCUGUAACUCUAGUGCAGUUGGCUUCUGGACAAACUGUACACGUCCAGGGAGUGAUUCAAGCCACACAGCCAUCAGUUAUUCAGUCGCCGCAAAUGCAGGCUGUUCAGGUAGCACCAGCUGCAGAUGCAGAUGAGUCUGCGGAAUCUGAAGGUGUAAUUGAUUCUCAAAAACGCAGAGAAAUACUAUCAAGAAGGCCUUCAUAUCGAAAAAUUCUGAAUGAACUCUCUUCCGAUGCUCCUGGUGUUCCUAAGAUUGAAGAGGAGAAGUCAGAGGAAGAAGGAGCACCAUCUGGAAUCCCUACAAUGGGAGUGCCAACCAGUCUAUAUCAGACUAGCACAGGGCAAUACAUUGCUAUAGCCCAAGGUGGAGCAAUCCAGAUUUCUAAUCCAGCAUCUGAUGGAGUCCAGGGAUUACAAACAUUAACAAUGACGAAUUCAGGAGCUCCUCAGCCUGGUGCUACAAUUGUGCAAUAUGCAGCACAGACACCUGAUGGCACGCAGCAGUUUUUUGUACCUGGGAGCCAAGUUGUUGUCCAAGCUGCUACUGGAGACAUGCCAGCUUAUCAAAUCCGAACUCCUACCACUGCCUUGCCUCAAGGAGUGGUAAUGGCAGCAUCACCGGGAACAUUGCACAGCCCUCAGCAGCUAGCAGAGGAGGCAACACGCAAAAGAGAGCUAAGACUCAUGAAAAAUAGGGAAGCUGCUAAAGAAUGUCGACGUCGGAAGAAAGAAUACAUAAAAUGUCUGGAGAGUCGUGUUGCAGUGCUAGAAGUUCAGAACAAGAAACUUAUUGAAGAGCUUGAAACCCUAAAAGACAUUUGCUCUUCCAAAACAGAUUAGUAUUUAUUAUACUGUGAACUGACUAAAACAUGUCCGGUUGCUUUUUAAGGCAAUACAUAGCCAACAAGAAUUAUGGCUUUUUCUGUGUCAUUUAUCUUAUACUCCAACUUCUAACAUUCCUAAAAUGCUUUUCCAGCAUUUUGUCAAUUCUUAGUUGUACCUUCAAAUUUUUCCCCCUCAGAGGAGUCAAAGGAUAAAAUGUGUGUAACAUGGUUAAAAGCAACAUUUCUCAAGGCUGUUCCAGUGUCAUUUAAUUGCAUUUAUUGCUACUUCUGUGUUACUGCUAGCAUCCUACACGUACCAAAUAUUUUACAGGUAUUUUAAAGCAAACCUUAAAGAUAAAGCAUCCAGUAAUACAUCAAAAUCGAACUACUCAAAAUAUCUCAGGAAAGAAUUUAUAUAAAGAAUGUUAUAAUUACAUGUAUGUAUCAGAAUACUAGUCUAUAAAUGAAUUUAUGGCAUAUUUUUAUAUUAGUUGCUUUGUGAAGAAAGUAUUGUAUUGCUGUCACUGAGUGCCAUGGUUGAAGAUAGUUUUUAAUAGAACCAUGUUGUUUAA